UUUACACCAGGGGCAUUGUUAAACGUGACCAAUUUGUGUUGUCGAUAAAGUAUGCACAGUAUGAUAGCCCUGCUGGUGAUAUAUGCACACAAAACAAAUCUGCAAUCAAAUGAAAUGGCUUGAACCAAACAAUCGCGCUAGUCUUGUUGCCAUGGCGAUAACUUGUUUUCAAUAUGUCUUCCCUCCAUAUCGUGUAGAAACGGGAAACAUUUCUCAUGCAUAGAUCAGCGCUGUGCGAAUGCCGGUUCAUCCCUGUCAUAGGAUAUUUAAGACACCUGUGCUUUAUGUUAGCUCGCAAACUAUUUUAGUAGAAUCAGUAUCCAUAUCACCAUGAGCUCAGGUCACAAAAAGCUCCUUCAACACUGCAUUUGUGUCCUUGACACAUAUCAGCCAGAAAUCCAGUCCACAGAAGAUCAUAUCACUAAUUAUUUCGAUACGUGUAAGAACCUGACAGACAGUGAUGCUAAUUUCAUCACAGAAGUAUUCUCAGGAUGUGCCAGGUAUGGCUCUAUCAUGAAGGUUGUGACAAACACUUUCUACGUCAAAGAUGGAAAGAAAAUACUGAGAUCUGAGGAAAAUCUUUACACAGUUAUAUGUUACCUGGCUGUCUUCAGACUGGAUGAAUUGGGGAUGUCACAUUUUAGAAAGUUUGUGUUUUCACAAGAUGUGAACAAAAUGUACAAGUUCUUAAACUUCUUCUUUGAUGAGAGAAAUUUGCUGACAUGGAUUAAAGAUGAAUGGCACACAUAUUAUGAGGCUACCUUUGUCCAGACAGCUUUGAUGUCCCCAUUGCUGGGAUGGUUACCAGAGCUGAUAGAACUUGUGGAACAGUUGAAGGAUCGAGUGGAAAACAAAACUGCCUCAAAAAAAACCCCUGCAAGUAUAACACAACCAAAGCCAUUUAACAUCACUCAGCCCAGACCCCGGGCUGUGCCUGUCCCUGAACGUAUCCCCAAGCUCAAGAAACAUCGACCAGUACCCAAGACCAUUUACACAGAGCCACAGGAGUUUGGAAAAAUUGCAUCUACAAAGGUGGAGAAUAGGAGACAGGCAGAGGAGAGACUAAUGGAAGCUCACAGAGAACAGUUUGCCUGUGCUAAUUGGGAGAAAUCUGACAAGACCAAACAGAUCCUGGAGUCCAUCAUGGUGGAGAGUGACCAGAAACUGGACUUUGACCGUCACAGAGCCAACCCUGUGCCCACUUCUGUGGUAAGUCACAACUGUAAGCACCUAAAAGAGAGAGGAAUGAGCUUUUCAAAGAUUGCAAAAAAGGGAGUUCCAAUCAAGUUAAAUACAGCAGCUAUCUUGAGGGAGGGCAAGCUGUACAAGGAGCGUCAGGAUCAGGAGAUUAAACGACUGGAGAAGCUGGAAGCUGGAGCAAGAGACCCCUCAGAAUUUCUCAAAUGGCAGUCAGAGAUGAGACAGAAGGAUUUAGAUGCUGAACUACUUGAAAUUGAGAAACGUCGCCUGGAAGGAAAGCUGAGUCAUGAGGAGGCCAUACUGGCCAGACAAAACAUUAUCCAGGAGAAUAAACAGAAGGUCCUCAAUAUGAAAGAAGAGGCUCACCAAAUGAUGCAAGAAUACUUGGAGCAAAGAUUCAAGGAGGAGCAAGAAAUGAGGCAACUUGUGGAAGAUACAAUGAUGGGUCACAAAAAUGCAAAAGAGGCGAAGAAAAAGCUACAGGAAUAUAAGCAGAAAAUAGUCCAAGAGGUUAAUGAAGAAAGUAAAGAAUUGAUGAAGCAGGCCUUGGAGGAGGCUGAGGAGGAGAUGAGGAGGAAGAUGGAGUUGAUCCACCAGAUUCGUGCCAUGGAGGCUGUACCCAUCAUCAGGCAAAAGUUUGUGGACUUGACUGAGUCCUCAGGGGCAGGCUUCCUGGGUGAAAUGUCCAUAGUUGAGUUACGUGAAAGGCUGGCUUUACUGAAGACAGCCAAUGAGGAGGAAGAAGAGAUGAGGAGAGAUGAAAUUCUGGCAGCUAAACAGGCAAAGAACCAAAACCUUAUGGAUACAUUAGAGAUGAUUUCUAAACAUCGUGUGGAGAAGUGUAAGGCAGCAUCUGAAAAACUUGAAGAAAAGAAAAGAGCAAACACCCAGCCAUCGGUGCCAAAAGUCAAAGAUGACAAACUCUUGGAACUCCAAAAACGUUUAGAAGAGAAAAAGGCUGAGCGAAGGAAAGAGCAGGAAAAAAGCAAACUUGUGGUAGACCGACAGUCAUCGAAGAAAACACAAGGUCUUAUCAAACAGAAGAAGGAAGUUGAAGAAAAGAGGUGGAAGGAGCUUGAGUUGACAAGGGAGAGAACAUCAAAACUUCAAUCACAAGGCAUUUUGGGGAGCCGUGGAGUAGGUCGCCUAACCAACAACAGUAUUGUCAUGACAACAUAGGCAGAUAUCCUGAAUCUCCUCAGCUAAACUGAACUCUCCUUAUGGAACCAUUUCUGUACUUAUUUUGUCAGAAGUGUAAAACAUGAAUUGUCCAUGAGCAUGUAUAAUGUUACUAGUGCAGACGUUUAUGAUUACAUUCGGAGUAUGCACACAAUGGAUGAUAAGAGCCAUUCUGUCGAAUGGGCAUUUGUAAUUUUGUAAUAAACAAAAGAGUCUUCUUGACUGCUGAAAAGUUUUACUUGACUUGUAUCUAUGCUAGACAUUUCAAACACUGCUGAAAGCUGAUGUUCUUUUUUUUACACAGAGGUAUAUAAAUGAAAAGAAAGAUCGUGCUAGAUGUCAAAAAAAUGGUAUUUUUGUAACUUCAUCUGUGAUAGAAAGCCCUAUAAAUAUUAAUUAAUCUACCUUUACACCAGUGUGAUUUGUGAAAGUUGUUGAGCAUUCGAUUCUAUUGUUCAAAUGUUGAGUUUGUAAAGAAGUAUUGUAAGUAAGGCAAUAAAUUUUUAUUGUAAAUAUUAAAUAUCUAUGUUUAUUGUAUAAUUUAUUAUGAUGCAUUUUAAUAGAACUGGUGUUUUUUUUGUUAAAUGAAUUUUAGCUGAGUGUCUUAUGCUGUCUUAUAACCAGUUGAAUUUUGUGGUCGUCUUGACUCAGAGCCUCAAAUCCCAACACUGUAUUACACAGUAAUCUUUCUCAGCCAAGAACAAAUCAGUUUUCUCAGAUAAAAAUACCUAAGGUGUGAGUUGAUAAGACCUUUAAUAUUGCUGUCUUUGAAGUUGCACUGAUUUAAUGUAUUCACCAAGACUGAUUGAGUGCAAAAAAAGUCAUGUGACCAGUAUGACUUGCUUUGAAGCAGCAGAAAAAGUGGUCAGGGUUUUUGCACAAAUGAUUUCUCAUACCUUUACGCAGGUGUUUUUUCUUCUGCUAUGUUAGACCUGUUUCUCAGAUUUGGCACAGGUCAGAGUUUAGCUGGUGCACCAAUCUGUAGACAGGGGUGCCUUUGUAAAAACUCAGCUGCAACAUUUGCUUGAAUGUUUUCACAAGAUCUCUUCCCUGAUUUUAUUGCAUGCUAAUUACUUUAUCUGUUUUGUUAAA